GUAGAGGGCCGAGGCUCUGGACUCUGGACUCUGCAGACCCCCACUAUUCAUCUAGCUCAAGCGGCAGUAUAAGUACUUUGGCUUCAUUUCACAUAUAUCUAAUCCCCAUAAACCCCCAAUAGCCUGACAUCAACUCUUAUGGUCUCUGAGUAAUGGCAUCAGCUAUUCUAACGAGGACUCGUUUAGGUCAUUGCCUGAUUCACUCAUCCUACUCUGUCACUCACAAGCCCGACUUUUGACUUCUUACUUCACCAAGAGAUCAUUUCACUUUCAAGCUAAUCCCACCCAUACAGCGUAUAAAACGCCACUUCGGAUUCCUUUCGUUAUGGCUUCCUCAAUGGUUGGCAGAAGAGCUAAUUUUUCAACUCGAACAUUAUCUGCAAAUGAGCCUGUUGUUUCCGCUGAUUGGCUCCAUGCUAAUCUCAAGGAGCCUGAUCUCAAGGUGUUGGAUGCAUCGUGGUACAUGCCAGAUGAGCAGAGGAAUCCAAUUCAAGAGUAUCAGGUUGCUCACAUUCCUGGUGCCCUUUUCUUCGAUGUAGAUGGAAUAGCAGACCGAACUACAAAUUUGCCACACAUGUUGCCGUCUGAGGAUGCCUUUGCCGCUGCUGUUUCGGCUCUGGGCAUUGAGAACAAAGAUGAAUUGGUUGUUUAUGAUGGAAAGGGGAUUUUUAGUUCAGCUCGUGUCUGGUGGAUGUUCCGAGUAUUUGGGCAUGACAGAGUUUGGGUUUUAGAUGGAGGCCUGCCAAGAUGGCGUGCAUCGGGCUAUGAUGUUGAAUCUAGUGCUUCUAGUGAUGCUAUUUUGAAAGCUAGUGCUGCCAGUGAGGCAAUAGAGAAAGUAUAUCAGGGACAGGUGGUUGGUCCAACAACAUUUCAGACAAAAUUUCAGCCCCAUCUUGUCUGGACCCUUGAGCAGGUUAGAAAGAAUGCUGAGGAAAGAACUCACCAACACAUAGAUGCCCGAUCAAAGGCCAGAUUUGAUGGAGCUGCAGCGGAACCUCGAAAGGGGAUAAGAAGUGGUCAUGUACCUGGCAGCAAGUGCAUUCCUUUUGCCCAGUUGUUGGACGCUUCACAGUCACUCUUACCUCCAGAUGAGCUGAAGAGACGAUUUGAUCAAGAAGGCAUCUCUUUGGAAAGCCCUGUGGUAACUUCAUGUGGCACUGGAGUAACUGCAUGCAUCCUUGCCUUGGGUCUCCACCGACUCGGGAAGCCUGAUGUUGCAGUCUAUGAUGGAUCUUGGACUGAGUGGGGAGCACAUCCUGAUACACCUGUAGACACUUCCUAAAUGUUUAUGCAACAUAAACACGAGUUACUCGGACUAUGAGGGAAGUGGUUGUAUUAAUAACAGUUAAAAAUAUCAUUUGCAGUUUUGUGUUUGUUUCUAAAACCUCAUCAUGUGAUGUUGAAUUGGAAAAGUGAUCAUUUAUGGGGAGCCCAGGAAACAAAACAUGGGGGAAGAGACAUUAUGUACAUUGGGGUGGCAUUCUCAGGUGUCACAUUUGAUUGAUCAAACAUAAAUAAUCAGCAGCAUGCUCUUCUUUUAA